AUGAAUUGCGGAUGUGCGGCACCCUACAUCGGUCCCUCUGUUGGUGACUUGUGUUACGGCGGCACCCACAUUCUGUUCUUGAGGCUCAUCAACACCCUAGUACAAAAUAAGUGCGACAUAGGAGAAAUUUGCCAAAGAGUUACCCCAAAAACACAACCUGAUACUGAUUACGACUUCGUGGUAAUCGGAGGAGGUGCUGCUGGAUCGGUAGUUGCAGGAAGACUGUCUGAAAACCCAGCAUGGAAAGUUCUGCUUAUCGAAGCUGGAAACGAUGAACCCCCGGGAACGCAAGUACCAUCGUUGUGGACCAAUUAUAUCAGGAGACCAGGCUUAGACUGGGAAUAUAGUACCGAACCGCAAGAAUUUGCUUGUCUUGGUAGUAAUGAGCAAAGGUGCACUUGGGUACGAACUAAGAUGCUGGGUGGAUGUGGGGCGAUUAAUGGAAUGAUGUAUAUGAGAGGUGUUACUAAAGAUUAUGAUGGUUGGGAAGCUUUAGGGAAUACUGGAUGGGGAUAUGACGAUGUUAUUGACUACUUUAAGAAGUCGGAAGAUAAUCACCAGGUUGGUACUCUCGUGAGUGAAGAGAUACAUGGGACUGGUGGCCCUAUGGCCAUAGCCAGAUUUCCAGAUCAUCCAGAGAUGGCCGAUGACGUCCUUGAGGCUGUACAAGAACUGGGAUAUCCGGUUGUUGACGAUAUCAACGAUGGCAAUUUUACUGGAUUUACGAUUGUCCAGGCUGCAAACCUAAAUGGUACAAGAGUUAGUAGUGCUCGAGCCUUCUUACGUCCUGCUCGCGGUCGUUCGAACUUACACGUAAUGCUAAAUUCAACAGCAACAAAAGUACUAAUAGACACCACAGGAGAUCAAAAAACAAUAUCAGCAGUAGAAUUCACCUACGAGGAAACUACUUUCAGAGUCAACGUAAAUCGAGAAGCCAUAAUUUCUGGUGGGACCGUAAACUCAGCACAAAUACUACUAUUAUCUGGAAUAGGUCCAAAAGACGAACUAGACAAAGUUGGUAUUGAACAAGUCCAUGACUUACCCGGCGUCGGCCAAAACUUACAUAAUCACGUUGCUUUUGGCAUAAGCUUCAAUCUAAACACCUUGGAGGAUACUAAUGAUCUUAACUGGUUAACUGCUCUUCACUAUUUAACAAAUAGAGACGGACCCAUGUCUUCUACCGCCAUGUCCCAAGUUACUGGACGACUCACUUCGAAAUAUGGCGAUCCAGCUGGCGAUAAUCCAGAUACGCAAUUCUUCUUCGGUGGAUUUUUAGCCAGCUGUUGUAGAACGUGCACUGUGGGUGAACUAGCAAACCCGGAUUAUCCAGAAAGUCAUAAAGUUUUCUCCAUUACGGUUGACAAUAUUAAACCCAAAAGUAGAGGUUAUAUAGGGUUGCAUACCAACAACCCAUUAGAUGCUCCUCUGAUGCAACCUAACUACCUUGCCGAACCUGACGACGUGAAGAUUAUUAUUGACGGAAUUCGAGUUGCCCAAAGUAUCGGUAAUACAACUUUUUUAAAGGAAAAAUAUGAUAUCGAAUUUAUAAAAGAAACUUAUGGCGACUGUGAAGAACAAAACACUUUUGAUUCUGACGAAUUCUGGGAGUGUGCAAUAAGAUACUCCACCGGUCCUGAGAGUCAUCAGUCUGGUUCCUGUAAAAUGGGUCCAGCAUCCGAUCCUUUGGCAGUGGUCGAUCCUGAAUUGCAAGUUUAUGGAAUAGAAGGGCUUCGAGUAGCAGACGCUUCUGUAAUGCCGGUUGUUACUUCUGGAAAUCCCCAUGCGACUGUAGUGAUGAUAGGAGAAAGAGCAGCAGAUUUUAUCAAACAAAAGCAAUCAGUCAUUCAAAAAUAG